AUGGAGCUAUCCCAUCUCACGCGCCCUGCGAUAUUGGGUCAGUGUGUUCGCUGCUCCAGCUCGCUGGCUGCGCUGGAGAACGAAUGGGCCCGCCUGUCCAAUUCCUAUUCCGUUGCGACGGGUUGGCUGAGUGUGGAGCUCCACCGCAUCUCUGUUUCCUCGGAGCGCAAGCAGAUCCCACAAACUUCGGACAUGAGUCCUCUGCGAGGGCGCAUUGUUCAAGAGCUGGUCUGCAAAUUGUGUCAUCAAAAAUUGGGGGUCCUUUGUCCGCUGGACAAUGGGUCAAAUAUUUUGUGGAAGAUGUCAAAGGUGGCUUUUAGAGAGAUUGUCACUAUGAGAACAGUGGAACCCCUCUUUAAGGAGGGAGCGCUCGACCGAUUGCUUUGCCCGCCCCCCAAAGAACCUUCGCGGCGAGAUCGCACAUCCUUCACAAAUGGCGCAUUGGUACCCAGUGACCCAACCGACCUCGUCAGUCUCGAUCCAUACAUGCAGCAACAGAUGCUUCACCAAGGGAGAAAUAUCGAUCAGAUCUCGAGCUCGGUGAACCACCUACAGGAUACUAUGACGGACCUUAAGCAAUCAUUUACGGCCCUUCGGAUUGAACUGAAUAGCCCCAGCCGAGCCUUUGAAAACGGUCCAAUCGCAGGGCAUAAUUUCGACAUGAUCGCCACGGUGUUGAAGGAGCUCAAGUCAAAGUCAGAAGAGAUCGAAAAGUUAAAGUUGGAGAUUGAAGCCCUGAAGCUGAAGAACCGUAUCAUGGGCGACAACAAACCGCAGAAACCGGGCUCUUUUCUGGCUUCAGAUGAUUUCCUACCCGAAGUCCGGAGUCCAGGCUUGCUGCAAGCAGGCCGGAAACGCGCUUGGCCCGAUGCGUUCUUUAAUGAAUAUACGGAGCCAAUUCCAGACUCGAUUGAUGACACGGAGGACAUGCUGGAUGAUCUGGCGCUUGCAGACACGCCAAACCAACCGCUAGGCUUACCUACUCAGGACUCGCAAAAGGCACAGGAUCAACCAGAUUACGACUUUCCGCAGCUUCAAAUCGAGCCUAGCAGGCGAUCGGGAGCAAAGUCGGCCCCCAAGGAAUCUCCGCUUAAGGCUAAUUCACAUCAGAGCAUGACCAAGCGUCCCCGUCUGACACACCCCAACGACGGGCCAUCUCAAACGGAGUCUACGGGUGAGAAGAGGCGAGCUGGACGGCCCAGAAAAUCCUCCACUCGAUCCACCAAGCCCACCAACGCGCAAACUCCAGAAACAGCCCCAUCUGCCACGCAACAGGAAAUCCCUGAAUCUCACACGGAAGAGCGGGUUCCGAUCUCAGACCCAGUCCCCAGCGCACAAUCAAACCGGCGGCGACGUCCGUCUCGUCGCAGUACACGUUCACAGUCUCGGGGACCAUCUCGUGCCGAUGGUCCAACUGAAACUGGGGGAAUGGAGCAGACAGCACAAGACCCUAUGCAGAUGACUGCGGAUGGCGAGCACGAUUCCCACAACACCGAGCACAACGAAUCUGGUUCCCGAAAUGAGGGAUCUGUCAAUGGUGCCAAUAGCAACUCGCACGCGGAAAUGAACGAGAAGCGCAAAGCCAAGGUCGCGGCGCGGGACACCAUGACUCGAUUGGCUAUGCAACGCGAAGAAGCGAUGGAGACCGAGCAGGCGCGGUGA